CAGACAUGCUGCGGAGCGCCCUGCUGUGCGCCGUGCUCGGGCUCCUGCGCACCCAGGCGUUCCCCUGCCCGCCAGCCUGCAAGUGUGUCUUCAGGGACGACGCGCGGUGCUCCGGGGGCAACGUGGCGCUCAUCGCCGCGCUCGGCCUGCCCACCAACCUCACGCUCAUCCAGCUCUUCCAAAUGGGCCGCGGUGCUUUGCAGAAUGACAGUUUCAGCGGCAUGACCGUCCUGCAGCGCCUGAUGCUGUCCGAAAGCCACAUUUCCGCCAUUGCCCCCGGCACCUUCAACGACCUGAUAAAUCUUAAAACCCUGAGGUUGUCGCGCAACAAGAUCACUCAUCUUCCACGCGCGCUAUUGGAUAAGAUGGUGCUCCUGGAACAGUUGUUUUUGGACCGCAAUGAACAAGACCAAAACAUGUUUCAGAAACUGGUUAAUCUGCAGGAGCUCCUUUUGAACCAAAAUCAACUCACUUUCCUUCCUGCUAGCCUCUUCACAAAUCUGGGCAACCUGAAAUUAUUGGAUUUAUCGGGAAACAAUUUGACUCACCUGCCCAAGGGAUUGCUUGGGGCACAGGCUAAGCUUGAGAGACUUCUGCUCCACUCGAACCAGCUCGUCUCUCUGGAUUCGGGUUUGUUGAAUAGCCUGCGCGCCCUGAUGAAGCUGCAGCUCCACAGAAAUCACAUCCGUUCAAUCGCACCUGGUGCCUUCGACCGGCUCCCAAACCUGAGCUAUUUGACUCUUUCCAGAAACCACCUCGAGUUCCUGCCCUCUGCUCUCUUUCUUCAUUCGCACAAUUUGACUGUAUUGACCCUGUUCGAGAACCCUCUGGAAGAGCUCCCGGAGGUGCUCUUCGGGGAGAUGGCCGGCCUGCAGGAGCUGUGGCUGAACGGCACCCGGCUGCGCACCCUGCCCGCCGCCGCCUUCCGCAACCUGAGCCGCCUGCAGGUGUUAGGAGUGACUCUGAGCCCGCGUCUGAGCGCGCUCCCGGAGGGCGCCUUCCGGGGCCUGGGCGAGCUCCGGGUGCUCGCCCUGCGCUCCAACAGCCUGGCCUCGCUCCCCGACGGCUUGCUGCGCGGCCUCCGCAGGCUGCGCCGAGUGUCGCUGCGCCACAACCGGCUGCGGGCCCUGCCCCGCGCGCUCUUCCGCGACCUCAGCAGCCUAGAGGAGGUCCAGCUCGACCACAACCAGUUGGAGACCCUGCCUGGCGACGUGUUUGAGGCUCUGCCGCGGCUGGCGGAGGUCCUGCUGGGGCACAAUCCUUGGCGCUGCGAUUGCGGCCUGCGGCCCUUCCUGGCAUGGCUGCGGCAGCACCCGGGCCUCGUGGGCCGAGCGGAGCCCCCCCAUUGUCGCGGCCCGGGGCAGCGCGCCGGCCUGCCGCUCUGGGCCCUGCUGGACGGUGACCCGGGGUGCCCGAGCACCCGGGGCCCGCCUCCCGACUCUCCCGCGGACAGCCCCCCCGAAGCCCCCACCCAGCCGGCCCUGCUCGCGGCCUCCGUCCGCCGUGCCUUGGUGCCUAGCAGCUCAGAACCCUGGGCGUGGGCCCACCUGGUGGCGGAGGGCAAGCGUCAGGACUAUAGCCCGUUCUGGGGUCUUUAUUUUCUGCUUUUAGCCACUCAGGCCAUAAUAACCGGGAUCAUGUUUGCUAUGAUUAAACUCGGCCGGCUCUUUUGAAAAUUAAUCAGAGAGCUCUUGUUUGAGUCAAUGGGAAAACCUUGCAAUUAA